AUGACUGCAGCUGUAGAAGAGAUGCCAGUUAUUAUUCCUAAAGAGGAAGAGCUAGGACGUGUCUUACAACAAAAUUAUGCUCUUUCAUCACAAUACGAGUCACUUGACAGCGAUGAUUUAUACACAAAAUAUAAAAAACUACAACGUCAACUUGAAUUCUUAGAAGUUCAAGAAGAAUACGUUAAAACAGAAUUAAAAAAUUUAAAAAAAGAAAUGUUACAUGCACAAGAAGAAAUAAAACGUAUUCAAAGUGUACCACUUGUUAUUGGGCAAUUUCUUGAAGCUGUUGAUCAAAACACUGGAAUUGUUGGAUCGACUACAGGUUCAAAUUACUAUGUACGCAUUCUAUCAACAAUUGAUCGAGAACUUUUAAAAACUGGUGCUAGUGUUGCAUUACAUAAACAUUCAAAUGCACUUGUUGAUAUUCUUCCACCCGAAUCAGAUAGUAGCAUUUCCAUGUUACAAGCUGAUGAAAAGCCUGAUGUUGAUUAUGCUGAUAUUGGCGGAUUAGAUUUACAAAAACAAGAAAUUCGUGAAGCUGUUGAAUUACCAUUAACACAUUAUGAAUUGUAUAAAUUAAUUGGUAUUGAUCCGCCACGUGGUGUACUUAUGUAUGGUCCUCCUGGUUGUGGAAAGACAAUGUUGGCUAAAGCUGUUGCUCGACACACAACUGCUGCAUUUAUUCGUGUUGUUGGCUCUGAAUUUGUUCAGAAAUAUCUCGGAGAAGGUCCUCGAAUGGUUCGAGAUGUCUUUCGUUUGGCUAAAGAAAAUUCUCCUGCUAUUAUUUUUAUCGAUGAAAUUGAUGCUAUAGCUACAAAACGAUUCGAUGCUCAAACAGGAGCUGAUCGUGAAGUACAACGUAUUUUACUCGAAUUACUCAAUCAGAUGGAUGGUUUCGAUCAAAGUGUCAACGUUAAGGUUAUCAUGGCAACCAAUCGUGCUGACACCCUUGAUCCAGCUCUUCUUCGUCCUGGUCGUUUAGAUCGUAAAAUUGAAUUUCCCUUACCUGAUCGACGGCAAAAACGUUUAGUUUUCUCAACUGUAACUAGUAAAAUGAAUUUAAGUGAUGAGGUUGAUUUAGAAGAUUAUGUUGCACGUCCUGAUCGUAUAUCAGGCGCUGAUAUUAAUUCAAUAUGUCAAGAAGCUGGUAUGCAAGCUGUACGCGAAAAUCGUUAUAUUGUGUUAGCAAAAGAUUUUGAAAAAGCGUAUAAAAAUGUUGUGAAGAAAAAUGAACAAGAUUUCGAAUUUUAUAAGAUUAGCGCAUUAAGUAGACUCAGUAAAUCAACACCUAUCAAUAAUAAUAAUAAUAAUAAUAAUGUGCAUCGUCGUUUAAGCGCAUCAACAGCGCCGACUAUUACAGACGCACGACAAUUAUUAGCAAACCGAAAUAAGCAAAUAUUUGAUGCUCGACAACUUUUAAGCCGACAAUCGUCGACAACACCAAAUACUUCUCUAAUUAUACAAAGUGACAUUGUCCAAACGGAAGAAGAACAAGAUGACGAUGACGAUGAACAAACAACUGAAGUUAUAAGUAAAUUUAACAAAAAUCGACUGACUUUUGAAAAUUCAAAUCUUUCAUUCAAAAAGAAUAAUAACAACACACAACAGUCCUUUCAGAAUGCCAAUCCAACUGAAUUAUUUUCUUUUACUAAAACAAUCAUAAAUACAUCAUUCCACAGCGAAGAUAAUAAUCAACAAAUUGAGCCUAGUCAUAAAAAAUCAACUUUAUCCGAUACGAAACUUAAUAUCAGUUUUAUAAAGGAUCAACCUCGUAAAAGACUUAGAUCGGCAUCACCACCAACUCCUCCAGUAAUCAGACGUUUACAUGAUGCUUCAAUUCAAACAACGCAUUCACCAUCUUUAUCUCGAUCACCGAUUCGAAUCAGUUCUCAUCGACAACAUUUAGAUGAACGUGAUGAUCACAAUCAAUCUCCCAUAAAACGCAGUUCAUCACGAAAUGCAACAGUGGGCAGAGGACAACAAGCUCUAUUUACAAUACCAAAGACUUCGGUCAAACGGCCAUUACUAAAUAAUACAUCAAACUCAAGUACACGAACUAAACCAAGCUCAUCCAUCGAAUCGAAUUCAUCUUCUACAACAAUUUUAGUGACAAAUCUACAAACAUCAGUUACAGAAAAUGAUGUUUUUGAUUUAUUCAGUGAAGUUGGUCGUAUUGAUGAAAUAAAAACAUUAAGUCGUGGUUGUGUUCAAAUUGUUUAUUUAAAACCAGAACAAGCUGAAAAAGCAGUUGCUAGCUAUCAUAAUCAAUUAUUAGAUGGACAAUUCAUUUAUGUUUGUCUUCAACAACCAUCGCCUGUUUCAACAAAAUCAUUGAAAAAUUCUACUUCAUCACGUAGUUCUAAAUCAACAGUACCUAAAGAAAGAAGUUUGUCACCAUCGAUUGUUGAUAAUGAAUAUUUAAAAUCAAAUUCAAAAAAAAUUUCUAUUGAUCCAACAUUUAUGCGUCAAGCUCUAUUUAAUCCGUCCAAUAAUACAACAAAUCCUGUACAAUUUCAAGUUAAACUUUAG